AUGCCGAAUUACGAAAAUUCCGAUGGUAGCGAAGCUGACAAUAAGCCGCGACGUUCUCGUUAUAAUAAAAAGGCGGUGUUGCUGUCUUCGUUUUGUUUAAAUGUACGCGUCACCACAAUGGAUGCCGAGCUGGAGUUUGCCAUACAGCAAGCCACCACCGGUAAGCAACUCUUCGAUCAAGUUGUCAAAACAAUUGGUUUACGUGAGGUUUGGUUCUUUGGUUUGCAAUACACCGAUUCAAGAGGCGAUUCGACAUGGAUCAAAUUGUAUAAAAAGCCUGAAUCACCGGCAAUAAAGACCAUAAAAUAUCUGAAACGUGUUAAAAAAUAUGUCGACAAAAAAACAGCGGAUGGACAACAUCACAACGACGAUAGCAACGAAGACGAUGAUGCAGAUGAUAUGACUGGUUCGAUGCCAUUUUCUACUUGGGUAGUAAACCAAGAUGUUAAAAAAGAGAAUCCUCUUCAAUUCAGAUUCCGCGCUAAAUUCUAUCCUGAAGAUGUAGCCGAAGAGAUCAUACAGGAUAUUACACUUCGCUUGUUCUAUUUACAAGUAAAAAAUGCCAUAUUAUCCGAUGAAAUCUAUUGCCCACCAGAAACAUCUGUGCUGUUAGCUUCGUACGCUGUACAGGCACGCCAUGGUGAUCACAACAAGGGCACGCAUACCGCCGGCUUCUUGACGAACGAUCGUUUGUUGCCACAACGUGUAAUUGAUCAGCACAAGAUGUCCAAGGAUGAAUGGGAACAGUCAAUUAUGACCUGGUGGCAGGAACACCGUGGCAUGUUACGUGAAGAUGCCAUGAUGGAGUAUCUAAAGAUAGCACAAGAUUUAGAAAUGUACGGUGUCAAUUAUUUUGAAAUUCGUAACAAGAAAGGUACGGAAUUGUGGUUGGGUGUUGAUGCGUUAGGCUUAAACAUUUACGAGCAAGAUGAUAAGCUCACACCUAAAAUUGGUUUUCCAUGGUCAGAAAUUCGUAACAUAUCAUUUUCUGAUAAGAAGUUUAUAAUUAAACCGAUUGAUAAAAAAGCACCAGAUUUUAUAUUCUUCGCUAGUCGCGUCAGAAUUAACAAACGUAUUUUGGCUUUGUGUAUGGGUAAUCAUGAAUUAUACAUGCGCCGUCGCAAACCGGAUACAAUUGACGUGCAGCAAAUGAAAGCACAGGCUCGAGAGGAAAAAAAUGCCAAACAACAAGAACGUGAAAAGUUGCAACUUGCUUUGGCAGCACGUGAACGUGCUGAGAAGAAGCAGCAAGAGUACGAAGAUCGCCUUAAGCAAAUGGCUGAAGAAAUGGAACGUUCUCAAAAGGAUCUCUUGGAGGCACAAGAAAUGAUACGCCGUCUAGAAGAACAACUUAGACAAUUGCAAGCCGCCAAGGAUGAAUUGGAGUUACGUCAAAAAGAAUUACAAUCCAUGUUGCAACGUCUUGAAGAAGCCAAGAAUAUGGAAGCCGUUGAGAAGGCGAAAUUGGAGGAAGAAAUUCAUGCCAAACAAAUGGAAGUUCAACGCAUUCAAGAUGAAGUUAAUGCUAAGGAUGAAGAAACUAAACGUUUACAAGAUGAAGUCGAAGAAGCCAGACGUAAACAAGCUGAAGCUGCAGCUGCUCUAUUGGCUGCUUCAACAACA